AUGGCAUCAACCAAAAGAUUAGCAUUGAGUGUUAUUAAAAAAACGGCUGAGCUGCUUUCUCCAACAAAAUCCACACCCUAUGAAUUCAAACAUCUAUCUGAUAUAGAUGACCAGACCUUCCUUAGAACAUAUGUUACAACAAUAAAUUUCUACAAAAAGAAUCCAUCCAUGGAAGGGAAAGAUCCGGUGAAGAUUAUUCGUGAGGCUAUUGCCAAGGCCUUGGUCUUUUACUACCCGUUGGCCGGGCGGUUGAGGGAACACACUGGCCAGAAGCUCGUGGUCGAAUGCACUGGGCAAGGGGUGGUGUUCAAUGAGGCCGAUGCGGAUGCGACGCUACAACAUUUCGGAGAGGAUGGCCUUUAUCCACCCUUCCCCAACUUGGAUGACAUUACUCUUGAUGUGCCAAACAAUUAUGGAAUAUUGGGUGAUAUUCCACUUAUGUUCAUUCAGGUAACACGAUUGAAAUGUGGGGGAUUUAUAUUUUCAAAUUGUCUCAAUCACACAAUGUGCGACAGUAUCGGCAUUUCCCAAUUUAUGUCCGCUGUGGGUGAACUUGCUCGUGGAGCAUUGUCCCCAUCAAUUCGACCAGUUUGGGACCGACAUCUUCUCACCGCCAUGGAGACUCCACGUGUAUCGUUCGCACACCGUGAAUAUGAUAUCGCAACUGGUAUAAGUGGUGGAACACAUGCCCCGCUUGAUCAGAUGGUGGAACGCUCCUUCUAUUUUAGUUCUGCCCAAAUCUCAGCCCUCCGCUGCAGCCUGCCACCACAUCUCCAGCGCUGCUCCAAAUUCGAUAUCGUGGCAGGCUGCGUGUGGCGCUGCCAGACAAUCACCCUCUCUCUCAAACCCGACGAAGAGAUUAGAUUCUCGGUGGUAAUGGAUAACCGAAAGCAAAUGAACCCACCUCUUCCAAUCGGGUACUAUGGAAACGUUAUAGCAUUUCCGGUAGCAUUAACGACUGCAGGUGAGUUAUCAAAGAAUCCAUUGCACUACGCGGUGGAGUUGGUGACCAAGGCAAAGCGUGAAGCAGAGACUGGUGAUUACUUGAGAUCGGUGGCGGGUCUGAUGGUGAAGCGAGAUCGCCCUAAUUUGACGGCGGCUAACACUUAUAUGGUGUCGAAUUUGACGCAUGUGGGUUUCAAGCAAAUGGACGUUGGGUGGGGCCCAGCGGUGUAUGGUGGUGUAUCUAAAGGAAUUUAUUGGGCGGGUAAUAUUCAAGUGGCUUGGUACCUAGGCUGUAAGGAUGGAUUCGUUGUUCCGGCUUGCCUACCUCUGGAAUCCAUGAAAAUCUUUGAGAAACAUCUUCAAGUCAUGAUGACUACCGCUCCAAUAGCUUCAUCCUCGUGAUAUGGACAUGGCCGUGUCUCAGCCACGUUGCAAUGUCAGUGCCCCUAAAUUAUAUAUGAGCCGGUUAGGUGAUUUGAUAUA